GCCCCUCACAACCUACUGAUACAACUCUCGACUGGAAGAGCUCCAGAGGACAGUGGAGAAAACCUCCAGAAAGUAGAAUUACAGAAAGAAUCAACUUUUAAAAUAGGUUUCUGACAACACAGUUUGAGAGGAAAGAUUCUUUGAACAUUAACUUGUCACUGAAGAAUGGCAUCACCAGGUUUUCAAAUCUCUGCAUUGCAUCUGGCUUUUAUGGGUCUCCUCUUCUUACUUGUUACCACUGUGUCCACCAGCUGGAAAAUUUCUAGUACAAUUACUUCGCCUUGGUUUUAUGAAGGUCUCUGGAUGAAAUGUGAAGCUGUUUGGGUCUCUGUUCAGUGCAAGAAAAUCUACUCCUUCCUAUCUUUAGACACCUAUAUUCAAGCAUGCCGAGCCCUGAUGAUCACUUCUCUCGUCUUGGGUAUGUGUGGUACUCUGCUGGCAGUGUUUGGUUUAAAGUGCACUCAACUUGGGUCCCAGACUGAAGCAAAAAAAGCAAAGAUCACUAUGGUGGGUGGAAUGAUCUUCGUUUUAGCAGGAAUUUGUAUUGUUCCCCCAGGUCUCUCAUCAAUGGUUGCUCUUUCCUGGUAUGCAGCAAGAGUCACAGCUCAGUUUUUUGACUCAUUAUAUGGUGGAACCAAAUAUGAACUGGGAUAUGCACUGUACCUUGGCUGGGCUGGCUCCACCCUUUCUAUACUUGGUGGAAUCUUUUUGACAUGUUCAUCAUGCAAAGGAAAAUCCAAAGGCCAGAGCUAUGUGUACACCGCUGCCCAGAGUGCCAGUGAACCUCGCAUUUACAUCAAGGAGACCCAGUCAGUCAUACCUACCAAGGAUUAUGUGUAG